AUGGUAUUAUAUAAAAGGAAACCUAUAUUACUUCCUGAUCCCAAGCCUUUGCCAUUGGAUUUGAACGUGCAAGUAUGGCAUAUUGAAGAAACUGGAGAAUGGUUUCCUAGUUACGAAGAAUUUUUGGGAAGGUUUGAUUUCUACACUCGUCACCAUUUCACAUGUGAAAUCACGGGUACUUCUUGCCUGACGUUUUUUCAAGCUCUGGAUAGUGAGGAGACACAAUUCAAAUACGUGGAAGACAGAUUUCCACUAAAGCUGAGGGAACCCGUUGCAAGAUUUUUACAUUUUAACGGAAUAAGAAGGUUAGACGCAUUAGUGGAGAAAGUUUACGCAAGAUUUAAAAACGACUUUUUCCCAGGAGAAGUUGUUUAUCUACGUAAACAGAAAGAUGCUUCUACGACAAGCUCUAACUCCCAACAAAGUACUCCCCAGCCUGAUGAUAUGGCAGAAAUCAAUAGCGUUGGUAAUCCUGGCUUGCCUCAGUAUCAAUAUCAAAGACGUUACAUUAUCAAAGAAAAGGUUCAAUUCAACGCAACCAUAAAUCCAGAGACCAAAGAAAUUGUGAUGCCUGCUCAUACUAAAUAUAUGCUGAUAGAAGAAGCAGCUUCCAGUAAUAAAUCCUUCAUAGUUGAUCAAGGGCAAAUUUACAGGGAUCGUUCCACUUUUACUAAGCAUUUAAUCAAAUGCUUUUUCAAAAUUACCUUACAGAGAGCGUCUUCAAAGAUGGGUGCACCCUGGUGCGUCAAACCAGAAUACUUAGCGAUGUAUGGUUUGACGAUGGAGUGGCCAAAGGACAUGUUAAAAUAUAAAGAAGAUGAGCCUGUCGUUGCAAGGCGUUCCAACAGCGCCAGCAUUUCGUCGCCAGAAAAUGAAAAGAAUAAACGUCAAAGUAAAUUGUCGAGUAAAAGUAUCACCACAAAUGAUGCUUCUAGUAAAAAAGAAUCCAAGAAAAAGAGGAAACAAACUGAAGUAAAUGCUGCUGAGAAUAAUUCCUCGGAAGAAGAUAAGAAAAAGAGCCAAAACGCCACAUCAGAAAAUCAUUCUAAAAAGAGGAAAAAGGAGGCUAAUGAGGAACCCAAGACCGAAAAUGUCGAAGCUGUUCCCAUAUUAGCUAAUGCAGAGCCUCCGACUGUAACAAUAACAAGCAUAAUGGAUGAUUUAGCUUUGCCAUAUCAACAUCCACCCAACAUUUUUCCAAGCUUAACAUAUUAUAAUGAAAAAUUAGAAUGUAUUUCAUUGGGUUCUACAAAAAUCUCCAGACCUUUUGAUUCUUUCGGAAAGCUAUUACAAGCCUAUCAGUUUCUGAAUACGUUUGGUUCGAAAAUCUGCUUAUCUCAUUUUAGCCUUGACCAAUUCAUAACUUCUUUGAAAUGUACAGACCCAUAUGAGUUGAAGGGUGAGGUUGUUUUAGUGAACGUAAGAACGCAAACGUCUAAAGAACAAAGAGUUGAGGACGGUGAUCUUGCGUUGAAAAGCAAAAUAGAGAAUAUUACUGAUGGAGACAUUGAAAACUCAAGUGAUUGGCAAAGAAAUUUGCUCAUUCGUGACAUGAUAAUGAAAAGAAAUUCCAGUAAGGUUGAGUACAAGAUUGUUCAUGAUGACCCAGCAUCAGACGAUGUUCUUGACAAUAUCAAUCACAAUGGCUCCGCUCUUCUCAUUGAAGUUUUUACGGCACUCCUACGUUUGUUCAUCAACGAAGACGGAGAUUGGAGUUGCGUCGUUGUUGAAGAGUGGAUAAUAGACAACAACGGAGUACUUACAGAGAAAAAAGAUGAAAAAGCAGAGCAGAUGAAGCAAGAACAAAACGUUGGCGGGUUUUUUUUACAAGAUAAGGAAAAGGUCGGUAACCUAAAGGACACAUUAAAGGAAGAUGUAAUAGAAAUUGAAAGAGAAUCAGACUCUAGAGACGAAGUGAAGUCUGGAUCUGAUUCUGAUUCUGAAGCACUAGAUCCUAAAUUAGAAAAGUGUUUAAAUUACCGUAAUGUCAACUGGAUAGAGCGUUUAACGAAAAGGCAAUUUAAUAACAGUUACUGGCUCAUAAUCCUACUGGGUGUCUUACAAGAUGGUAGGCAUCUUCCUAUGUACACAGAGUUUAUUGAUUCUUUCAUAGAAAAGAUCAUACCCAAAGAUAUAUCAGCUACUCAAUUGCCCAAACAGCUUUGGAGAAACUUCUGUCGAAAACUGUCCUUCAGUGAUAAAGUUAAUGCACUGUGGGUACUUAUUGACCUCGUGUCACAUUUUUCUCCUGAUAUUAAAACUGCUGUAGAUGAUUCCAUGGAACUAUGCGGUCAAAUUCGUAGCGAAAGAUUCAAGGUUGCGAGAGAGUUGAAAACGGAGGCAGUCGUACUAAGCAAUCUUCAAGGCGACUUGCAGGCAAUACAAGAGAAGUUAACUAAAACAGAUGAAAACACAUCAUCGGCUGAUGGUAUCGAUAAAAAAUAUGAUGCCGAAUCAGAUAAUAAACCAAUUGAUCCUGCUUUGAUUGAGAAAAAGCAAAAGUUAAUUGAAGAGCAGGAUAAAAAAGUGCAAGCUUUACAAUCAGAUAAAAAUUUCCUCGAUAAUUGUCUUUUUGAAAACGAUUUACAAAGAUUAAAGCCGUUGGGAUUAGACCGAUACGGAAACAGGUAUUUUUGGCUGGAUCACAAUGGUGUUCCGUGUCAUCAGUGUCCUGCUGAUACAAAUGAGACGCCCAAGAAUAACAAUGGUUUGAAUUAUCAGUCAGGUCGCUUAUUAAUUCAGGGGCCUAGGGCAUCAUCGGCGAAAUUCUUUUUGAAGGUCACUGAUGAGCAAUUAAGCGAUUGGCAAAAAAUCAGAAAAUCCAAAGGAAUAUCUGAAGCAACUAAAGAAGUGUUUGGUAUUUUCAAAACUAAAUCCGGAUCUUAUAAUUACGUAGAAAAUGGAAUAGAAACCGAACUAUUGGACAGUAGCGAUCGUGUCAACCCACUUAUAGAGCUGACACCUAUUCAAAAAAAGAUUAUGGAUGAAACACCUUCAAGGUUGCUACUAUCACCAGAUCAAUGGUAUUGUAUUGAUAAGCUAGAAGACUUGUCAAGAAUAAUGGACUGGUUAGAUAAUUGGGGUCGCAAAGAGCAUGACCUCUUGAGGCAAAUCAGACCUAUAAUGGAACGGAUUAAGAGUUCUCUUAGCCUGCGUGACCACGCACUGUCACUGACAGCAUUCACUAAGGGUGAAGGUAAGUUGCUAAAGGAGUUAGAAAACAACGAGUUUACCGAAAACGAAUUGAAUGUUGAUAAUAUGGACAUUGAUGAUAAUAUUAAUAGUAAAAACAGCGGUGUUAAAAGUGAAGCUGAUGCACAGGCAGAUGCAGAAGAGAGGAAAGAGGCUGUGAUAGACGAAAAGCUGGAGGUAAUUGCGGAUGAACUUAUGAAGCUUGAUGAUAGCUCGAAGACACGGAAAGUUCUUAAUAGAAUCCAAGAAUUAGAAAAUCAGAGAGAUAAGCUCUUGGAACAGAAGAGAUCAAUAAUAAAUUCGCAAAGGCCAGGCGCGAGGAUUUUAGCCCGUUCAGAAAGGAAAAGAACCAAAAUCUCCCGUGAUAAUAAAGUGAAUAAGCAGGUUGAAAUAUUGACUGACCUGGUCAAUUAUAGACAUUUUAAAGCUAUGGAAGAUGUAAUAGCCUGGAAAAAUAUUUUAGCCAAUUCGAUAUGGGGUUCUUCGCUUCGCAAAAAUGCAUCCGGGAAUAAAAAAAGUGGUGCCAUUGAAACAGUUGAUGAUAAAUUAAAAGACAUAGUAGGUCAAACCUCAAGAACUGUAACACCUGCUCCAAAUUAA